AUUUAAACAAUUUAAACAAUUAGUGUUCAUUUCAAAGCCGCAUUUCGUAUGGUGAGAAACUUAGAGACAGCAUAAGUCAUGUGGCUGUCUUUUAUUUGCGUUUGCAUUUUCUACUCAACCUUUGCCAAAGCGCAAUUCGACAGUUAUGAGAUAAAUCAAAUAGACCUUACUCCGAUUCACGAUGCGAUUAUAUUCAACGACAUCGCUGAUAUCAUAAACGAUUUCGAAAACAAUAUGAAUACUCAGUUGAAUGAAAACCUAUUCAGUGGUAGCGACAGUGGAGAAGAUAUUGAAGAUUUGCUAUCAGAAUAUAACCACUACUUAGAUAAAGAACAUAAGCAGAGAAUACAUUACAUAGAAAAAUCUAAAGGAAAAAACAAAGUCCCGCUAAUACAUCGUGAAAAAUAUACAAAGCUGAAACAAAGUGCGCGGAAUAAGUAUGACGCUUCUAAUAAUUUCUUCAACAACAUGAAGUAUGCUCAAUCCGCAUUCCCCGAACCGCUUAACUUAUUUGUGUCAAAACUAAACGUUGAUAACAAAUCUGAAUAUAUAGACCGACCACAAGGAUAUAAAGAAGGUAUACCUAAUAUUCUUACGCAGAUGAAUGACGAGAAAGCGUUGCUUAACCUGAUUCCCACCAUUUCAAACUUUAAUAAACCAAUGUCAUCAUGUUAUUGUUCAGUCAAUCAAAUUCCUUGCAAGUGUGGUUGCAAACAAUGUUUUAUUUUGACUGAUCCGCUGCCUACUAAAAACUUGAAUAGAUAUGAUCAUCAGAAUAUCCUCAUAGAAAAUUUUCCUAAAACUUCAAAAUAUGGCCAACAAAAUAAAAUAAACAAUGGUCACGAAGACAAGCUUAAUAUACGCAUUAAGAUUGAUGUCCAAUUGCCUAAAAUAUUAUCUGACCUUUUACGUUCAAUACAAAAGUAUCGCAACCAAGAGAAAACUACAGAAAGAGAAGGCGUACUGUCAAAUGAAAUUAUUUCAGCUGUAAAUCUACCAUUUACAUACCUCAAUUUUCCAAUUCCUGUAGAUUUACAUAAAAAAAAUUAUAACAAACAUGACAAUUCUGGCGUGCAUAAAAUUACUAUACAUAAAAAAAAGAAAGCGCGUGUAGGUAAUAAUAGCAAAAAACACACGGGCAAGAAGGUCAUAACAUUUCAUAGUAUUAAACAAGACCAACCAUUGGGGUACAAUAUUACUGAAGAAAAUAACAGAAUCAGCAAGAAUAGUUCUGUAAACCCUCAAAGUUCGCUCACAGGAAUUGAAGAACUGCAGACUACCAAACCACAAAAUGAUGAGAUGAUAACUAACAAUACUAGUAACACAGUAACAGAGCUUCCACUAAAAAAUCUUAAUGAUUCUAUCAAAACCAUUUAUUUAAUGGUUAACAUAACAAAAAAGAAUAACAAUGAUAUAAAUGACUCGUUAAAAAUAGAAAAUAGUAUAGAAACAGAUUUCGUAGAGAAAGACAACAAAACUACAGUUGAACCCCUACGCUUAAAGCGCGAAGCAUUGGAGAAAAACUCUUCUAUGACUGUUAUACCUCAAACACUCAAACAAUCUUUUGAGAAUAAAACAAAAGAUCUUAAAAAGUUUAAUAAAACAAUAGCGGGAGAAAUUGAAUUAUUAUAUUGGCCAAUUGAAACUAAAAAUGUAACUCUGGUUAGAUCGAAAAAUAUAACUGCUUUAAUCAUGGAGCGAGAAACGAAAAAGGCGAAGCUAAACAUGACUUACGAUAAAAUACGUAGUAACCGAACUGUGGCACUGGAGCAAGCAAUAUUCGGUGAUGUGGACUGGAAUGACGUGGAUACUGUUGCUCCUAUUUUCAUGUCCUUUGUUGGAAAAUAUAUUAGGGGUAUUUUAACCUUUUGCUCUCAGAGUUUAUGUCACUCUAUGAACUGCGCUAAAAAAAUAUGUCUCCACAGAAUUUGUACACCAGACAAUAGAUUCAAUCAAAGAGGACACUGUUCAGGGAACAACGAAACAGACAGUGUUGCUGCCAUGGAAUCUAUUAUGGAUUUGCCAUCGAAUAUUGGUUUUCAAAUCGUGGACAUUUUAAAAGACAAAAUGUUGGGCAAAUUGUACGGAAAGGCGACUGUCUGUAUUAUAUCUAAAUGUAGCACUUUUGUAGCAUCAAAGAAAAAUUUUCAAAGAUCAAAAUGUAUAAGUAAAGAACUAAAUUCAUUAGGGCACUGUCCAAUAAUUGUGAAAAACGCAUAAAAACGUCAAAGUACAUAAUAGUUACGUAACUUUCAUCAAACAUACCAUAUCAUAAAAACAAAGGUUUUGUGUUUAUAAACAUUAAGUAUUUUACCUACUCUUAAAGCUCUGAUAAAACUUG